AUGGAGCGGAUAGUUGACCGUUCGGAGCUUCUUCCAUCGGACGACGAGCCGCCGUCCUCACCAGAUAUCGAAGAUGUCCGGGGCCUGGAGGAAUUCGAAUUCGUGCGACGCAAUGAACCCAAUGUUGGUAAUGAAAACGUCGCCGAAGAUGACGAAGAAAUGGAUUUCUACCUCUUCGCGCCUUCCGAAAGUAAUCCACAGGAGGCCACCUCGGUUGCUAAGAUUCGGGUGAACACGCCUCCUUUGGCCGAGCAAGAUGCAGGCUUCAUAAGGAGCCGAGACCAAGGCUAUUACUUUACUCAGCCAGCAAGCGCCGAGCAGCAGAGAGAAUUCGAGGUAGCUGCUAUGACUGGCGAGCAAGUGCUGUCCCACGCCCGGAGUAUCUGGCCAGGCUGUGCUUACGGCUGGAAAGUCCUUCACGUGCAUGAUACCAAACGGCAGCGCCUUCUUUUAUCUGGCUCCGAAUCUCUCCAGUCCAAGCUUGCUGGCGGCAACAUUCUGACAAAACGAAAAAGGCCUGGCAAGAAGGCUCGGGUGAGAGUGCGGACCAAGGCUGCCGCAACGACAGCUCGAGAAGAGCAGAACCAACGGGACGCCGAGGCAAAAGAGGCCGCCGAGCAGGAAAAGCGUAUUCGGCGCAACCGCGAGAAGAAGGUGAAGAAGAAGCAGCGCGACAAAGCCAAGAAGGCGGCGGCGGCGGCCGUCGAGGAUGGGGCUUCAUCCAACGGCUGA